AUGCCGGGCUCCCUCGCUGACUACCUAGCGAAAAAUUACCUUACCGCCGACCCGGCUACAGAGCGCCCGAAGAAGAAGCGCAAGAAGACUAAGACCGACGAAUCCAACGGCCUCAUCAUCGCCGACGAUGACCCUCCAGACCUGCGCACUUCCUCCACAGCUCUCGACCAAGACGACGAAUACAAGCCCAUGAUUGACACAUCUGCAAUGUCCGCCGAGUUUCGCCGCGCAAAGAAGUCGGGAUGGAAGAAAGUGGGUGGGCCCGCUCCGGGCGCGGAUAGCGACCAAGCUGCUGCAGAUGCCAUCCUUGCCUCUGCAGCCGCGGAGCGCUCAGCACGAGAAGCCAACGAAGAAGAAGAUGCGCCGGUGGUUGAGGAGGACGAUGAUGGUCCGAAGAUGGAGACUGGAGCACGAGGGGGUCUACAGACAGCAGCGCAGACCGCGGCGAUGGUGAAAGCGCAAGAAAAGAGGAAAAAGGCCGAGAUGGCGAAAUACCAGGACCCUUCUGCUGCCGACGCGACGUCGAAAGAAACUAUCUACCGUGAUGCGUCGGGACGAAUCAUCAAUGUUGCCAUGAAGCGCGCCGAGGCGCGAAAGGCAGAAGAAGAGAAAAAGAAGAAGGAGGAACAGGAGCGCGAGGCGCAAAUGGGUGAUGUUCAGCGGGCUCAACGGGAGUCUCGGAAGCUAGAGUUGGAGGACAUCAGGGCGAUGCCUGUUGCGCGGACGAUUGAGGAUGAAUCGCUGAACGAAGACCUACGAGCCCGAGAGCGCUGGAACGACCCUGCGGCCGAGUUCCUGACGAAGAGGCCUGGUGCCGGAUCGAGCGUCACUGGGAAACCAUUAUACCGGGGUGCCUUCCAGCCCAAUCGGUAUGGGAUACGACCGGGCCAUCGCUGGGAUGGAGUGGAUCGAGGAAAUGGAUUCGAGAAGGAUUGGUUUACGUCGAGAAACAAGCGGAGUCGCAUGGAAGCGCUGGAGUACCAAUGGCAAAUGGAUGAAUAG